AUGGAUGGAGUGAAGGAUGCUGCAAAAGCUGAAAAUUUAAGAAAAUUGUUCGAGAAUGCGCAGAAAGCAAUCAAGGCUUACCAGGAGGCUCGAGAAGAUGAGCCAAGUACCCCGCAAAUACUAACGGUCAAAGACAAUGAACUUCUGGUUGAAAGUUCAGAGAAAAAGAAGAGGAAAUCUGAAGAUGGUAAAAAAAAAGAUGAUGAGGAAGCGAAUGAUGAAGAAGGGGAUAAUGGUGAAAAGAAUAAUGGAAAAAAGGAUGGUGAAGAAGAGGAUGGUAAGGAAGCUGAAGCUGAUCAGGGGGAUAAAGCUAAUAAAAAACCUCGGCAUGCAGCAAUGGGGAAGUCUCGAAGAAAUUGGAGAGGUAAAAAAAAUUUCGGAAACUACAACAAUGGACGCGGAGGAGGCCAAUACCAAAAUCGUGGUUCUAGCGGUGGAGGCCGUUAUCAAAAUCGUGGUUCUCGCGGUGGAGGCCGUUACCAAAAUCGCGGGUAUCUAUUAAAAUGA